AUGAUCAUAAUCAUUCUGGUCGAUCUUUUGACCCUGACAGCGGCGCAAUCAGUCACCGAGUCCAUGAUCUUGGAUCCUACUAACUGCUUGAAUACCGUUGUUACAAUGAGCAGCUGUACCUCGAUGCUCGAUAAGCAAAAGUCGUGUGCCCAUAUAGACAACCCGAGCUCACAGGCGGACUGUUACUGUCAGCAGAGCGUGUUGAAUUAUAUGGCAGGCUGCCACCAGCAAAUGUGGGACUGCUUCCCCAACUCAAUGAUCGACGGCCUCUUCGAAGGAACCACCGGAUUCUACUACAGCUGGUCUACAGUGUGUCAAGAAGUGCUUACAUUCUCGCCAACAACGAUGGUCGUCACAAAACCACCAGCAUACGACCAAGAGGACUGUCUCAGCUAUGUAUUGGAUUGCGACAGCUUAACAGUGGCCAUGACCUCGUGCAAUUCGGCGUACAAUACGCCAGGCACAGAUCUCAACAGCUGUCUCUGCAACGAGGACAUGCUGUAUUGGGGGUCGCGAUGCGACAUUGAUGCCAACCAAAGCUGUCUGAGGAAAACCUUGGAUCCAACGGCUGUUUAUUCGAAUCGAUACUGUGGAAGAACUGCCCAGUCGGGACCAGCAAGUCGCACGUCUCCUGCUUCGAGCAGCACAGUCUCGCGUCUAGAACCAACAAGCUCAUAUGUUCCGCCGGCGCCCUCGUCAGUGGCAGGUGCUGGAGCUGCGGCAACAUCCGGACCGACAGGUAGUGGGGUGGCUCGACAGGCAGUGGACAGAAGCUCUGCGACAGCAGCAUUUGCUCUUGUUGUUGCAGUAUUCUUUGCCUAG